AUGGAAGCCAUGGGAGAAUGGAGCAACAACCUCGGAGGAAUGUACACCUAUGCGACAGAAGAAGCUGAUUUCAUGAACCAGCUCCUCGCCUCCUACGAUCAUCCCGGCACCGGCUCAUCCUCUGGCACAGCCGGCGGAGACCACCACCAGGGAUUGUAUUGGAACCUUGGUUCUCAUCACAACCACCUUACCUUGAUGCCUGAAGCUAGUAGCUUCUGUUUCUCUCAGGAGAGCAACAGCUACAGCGCUGGGAACAGUGGAUACUACGCAGUGGUCCCACCUACGGUUGAAGAGAACAACAAUGGGUCAAUGGACUUUGGCAUGGAAGAUGUGACCAUCAACACCAACUCUUAUCUUGUUGGUGAGGAGACAAGCGAGUGUGACGUUGAGAAAUACUCAUCUGGAAAGACUCUUGUGCCUUUGGAAACCGUCGUGGAGAACCAAAAUGACGAGGAGAGCAUCUUGCAAUCCGAGAUCUCUGUCACUACUACUGAUCAUCAGAAAUCUCUCACCGGUUCCAAGAAGAGAUCGCGUGUCACAUCCGCUGAUAAAAACAAGAGAGCAAAAGUGGGGAAGAGAGGACAAAAGGGCAUAGAAAUGAGUGGUGAUAAUAACAACAAUGGAGGAGAAGAGCAAGAAGUAGAGAAGGUGAAUAAGAAAAGAAAGAAUGGGGCUAUGAUGAGCAGACAGAACUCAAGCACCACUUUCUGUUCCGAGGAAGAAUCAAACUGCGCUUCUCAAGAAGGUGGAGGAGAAGAGGAGGAAGAUGCCUCCAAGGCUCUUAACCUCAACGGUAAAACCAGGGCAAGUCGUGGUGCUGCCACCGACCCUCAAAGCCUUUACGCAAGGAAAAGAAGAGAAAGGAUAAACGAAAGACUAAGGAUUUUGCAAAACCUCGUCCCUAAUGGAACAAAGGUCGAUAUCAGCACUAUGCUUGAGGAAGCCGUUCAUUACGUCAAAUUUUUGCAGCUCCAAAUUAAGUUAUUAAGCUCUGAUGAUCUAUGGAUGUAUGCGCCGAUUGCAUUCAACGGAAUGGACAUUGGCCUCAACUCACCAAGAUGA